CCUGCAUAUCUGCCACUUGUGCAAAACUGCCACAUAUCCUUAGCACAGCAGUGAUUGAUGGGUGAAGCCACUCGGUGCCGCAUCAGCGUCUGUGCGAUUCCUGUCCCCAUUCAGUUAGAGGCAAGGGCUUCAGCUGAGACGCGUCUGCGCCUUGGGAGCUGUCUGUGGUGCUGAAGAGCUGUUGGUGCUGAACGGCACUUUCCCUUCCAUUCAUUCUGUGCAGCAGCAGCAGCAGCAGGUAGAGAACUGGGGAGAACACCAAGCAGAACAUUCUAUUGGAUCUCACUGCCACCUCUUCAUUUAUACACUGAACUUCAGCAUUAAUGCCUGACAUGGGCACGUGGAUUUGACUCCUUAACAGUUCAAUCUGUUGCACAUUUAAUAGACUCAAAGAAUUGAUUAUCGGGCAGGCAUGGAAAACCAGACGCUGUCCAUAGGAAUGCAGUCAAUCAAUGCCACGGGGAUGAACGAAACCGUCGGGAGUAUGCCUCAGAUUGCCCUGGAGGUACAGGUGGUUACAAUAUCCCUUGUUCUGUUGAUUUGUGGAGUGGGAAUUGCUGGCAAUAUAAUGGUGGUUUUAGUGGUGUUAAGAACCAAACACAUGAUGACCCCCACCAACUGUUACCUAGUUAGCUUGGCCAUUGCUGAUCUGAUAGUUCUUCUGGCUGCUGGACUUCCCAACAUAUCCGAAGUGGUGGCCUCUUGGGUGUACGGCUAUGUUGGCUGCCUCUGCAUAACUUAUCUUCAGUACCUUGGGAUAAACAUUUCAGCGUGCUCCAUCACGGCCUUCACCGUGGAAAGGUACAUCGCCAUCUGUCACUCCAUUAAAGCCCAGUUCAUCUGCACCGUGUCCAGAGCCAAAAAGAUCAUAGCCUUCGUGUGGUUCUUCACCUCCAUGUACUGUGUGAUGUGGUUCUUUCUGGUGGACAUCACGGAGGUCAAGUUCGCAGAUGGCGUCCAAGUCAACUGUGGCUACCGAGUUUCCAGAAAUCUCUACACCCCCAUUUACUUCUUAGACUUCACCAUUUUCUACGUGAUACCGCUGGUGUUGGCCACGGUUCUGUAUGGUCUGAUAGCCAGGAUAUUGUUCAUGAAUCCCCUACCGUCUAACCCCCAGGAUCUUAGCAGAAUGAGCUCCAAACAUUAUGGGAAGCCCUAUAACUCCAUCAAACUUUCUGGUAAGGGAAAUAAGAACACAGCCAGCUCAAGGAAACAAGUGACCAAGAUGCUAGCAGUUGUAGUGAUCCUGUUUGCUCUCCUGUGGAUGCCGUACCGCACUUUGGUGGUUGUAAACUCCUUCAUGGACCCUCCAUACCUCAACGUGUGGUUCGUAUUGUUCUGCAGACUGUGCAUCUACCUUAACAGCGCCAUCAACCCCAUCAUCUACAACCUGAUGUCCCAAAAGUUCAGAGCUGCCUUCAAAAACCUGUGCAAGUGUGAGCAGAAGCGGACAGAGAAGGCAGCUAAGUACAACGUUCCUGUGUAUUACAGCGUCAUGAAGGACAGUUCCCACGAGAGUCCCGACCAUGAUGUAACCGUUCAGGAGGAUCUCAAUGGAUUUCCAGCCAAAAAAGUAAACUUUACACAAAAAUGUGUCGAUACCACAACAACAUACAGUGUGGCGUAGUACCACCCCAUAAUUAUAUAUAUAUAUUGUCAUGGUUUUGAUGAGAUAGUGUUAUGUGAAGGCCACUCACUAUAAAAGCUGAGUUGACUACCAAGCUCCUUAAAUAAGUCAUGAUAAAAACUCUAGAGUGUUAGAGAAGGAUCUGAAGAUCUGAAGAUGUUUGGAGGUCUUUUUCUUUCCAUUGUGGGGGGGUCUUUGAUUUUGAAAUAAUUAUGCCAAACCACCAUGGACUUGCUUGUGUUGCUUUGAUUCAUCUAGAGCCAUGCUAUUUUAAUAUUUUGGCCUGUACUUAUGCUUUAGUAUGAAAUCCAGUUUGAAAUGGAUCCUCCUCAGGAUUCCCAAGGAGAUCAUCUAUUGGUUGUUUCAUCAUUGAGCCUAGGUUUUAUUUCACAGGAGGACAUGGCGGCACAGAAACCAAACGAAUGAUAUUGACUCUAUAUAAUGAAAUAUAAUUCUCUUGUUCUUUGGUCACUGAUAAACUAGAAAGAUGCCACAUUACAAGGGAUUUUUAUGUAAAAGUUCAUGGAUAUGUGCCAUUGCUAUGUCCUAAGGGCAUAAAGUAGCAGUUAUUCUAAUAAUGGUUGUAGCUAUACAUCUAGCCCUGAUUGUGAUAACUACUGAAUAUUCCAACCCACCCCAGCUUUGAUGUGGCUAGAAAAAACCAAGGCUUCUCACUUAAGGUGGUCACACACGUGGCGGUUUUUGGAUCUUUUGUGCGACCAUCGGUCACACGAAAGAUUGUUCCCACCCUUCACAGACGUUCAGGGCUGAA